GUUUAAUGGAGCAAAAUUUGGUAGAAACCUUCUACUCUCCCAAAUCUGAGUUCCUUCCUAGAAUAACAUCUGUCACAGAAUUGAUUGAUAAAAUAAUGAUUAAAUGUCCAUGGGUAGAGGUGCGGAAAAGGAAACGGAAACAAACAGAUAAACUGGAGAAAGAAACCAGUACAAAGAAUGCCAGAGUGGUGAUAGACACACCAGUGGAUUCCAUUGAGUUUGAUAUGAGCACUCUAUCUCCUCAACCAAUGAAGGAUAACUACUUAGGAAUGUUUGAGGUUAAUGUUCUCACACUGAUGCCUCCACCAGAAAAGUAUUUAGUUAGAUAGAUGAAUCAUGAUUGGGUCAGUGUAUCGAAACAAAAAA